UCACAGCGUCAUUUAGCAACUUUUAGCAACAAAUCGACCUGCCUCUAGCAACUUUCCCUGAAAAUGAGUUGGUAACACUGCUCGCCAGUGUGUGAAAGUGUCUCUGUCUGUUUAUAACUUUCUUCAAACGAAGACAAUGAACCACCUAAUUCGGUCGACAGUUCGCUGUCUUCGGUUGAGUUCUUCGGUCUAUCCACCGAAGCAAGUUGAUGGACAACAUGCAUCGUUUGUGUCCUUGGUCCGGCUCAUGUGUUCUGCGGCCUUACAGAAAGACCUUGGUGAUAUGGUGAAGAAGGACAAGGUGGUGGUGUUUAUGAAAGGGACGCCUGCCCAGCCAAUGUGUGGUUUCAGUAAUGCCGUGGUUCAGAUACUGAGGAUGCAUGGUGUGAAUGAAUAUGCUGCAUAUAACGUGUUGGAUGACCAGGAUCUCAGACAAGGAGUGAAGGACUUCUCCAACUGGCCCACGAUCCCACAGAUAUUCUUAAAUGGAGAGUUUGUGGGUGGCUGUGACAUCUUCCUACAGAUGCACCAGAAUGGAGACUUGGUAGAGGAGCUCCAGAAGCUUGGGAUCCGCUCUGCGCUGCUGGACGCUGAGAAAGAAUCCAAGUAGACAAACCAGUCGGUCGGUUUCCAGUGUAGAGAAAGCUGGUGGUUGACUUAGCCCCAUAACCCCCUAGGCACUUGUGUAGAUCUUAGAAGAUUUGUUAUAUGUACGUGAAAGCGCACCUUUUUCAGCCACAUACUGAAUGUUUUCAGAAGACACUGGCAAGGUGAAGCUACAAGCAUGUUGUGCAGGUGGCUAAGAGCAUUGUAACCCAAAAGGUUGCUUGUUUAAAUUCCUGAGCCAACUAGGUGAAAAAUCUGUCGAUGUGCCCUUGAGCAAGGCCCUUACACCUAAUUGCUCCUGAAAGUCGCUCUGGAUAAGAGUGUCUGCUAAAUGACUAAACUGUUCUGUACAUAACCAUCUAUUUCAGAUCUACAAAAGAGCCUGGGGGCUAAGGGUUGAUUUGGGAUUGGGCGUAUGAAAUGUUGCCCCUUCCACAAGUCCUAUAAGAAGGUGUGUAAUACAAUAGAACCUGCAGAAGACCAAACUGCCCUCAGGUGCCUAGGAUAUGAGAUAUCAAACCAGCCAGGGGAUCCCUUCAAAACGUACUGCCUGUAUACGUUUACUGUUUGACUGCAUUAUUCCACAAACAUGUUCUCGCUAAAGCAUUUAGAGCCGCUCAAAUGCAACAAUCCACAUCUUUCCUUUCUUCCGCAAUAUGAUCACUGAUCCAGUUUAAUUAUAUAGCGAGAAGUAGUGUGAUGAAGCUUUCUUUUGUCAAGUCAAUAGUCUCAUGUGGAGGAAGGGAGAGUACACAUUAAAACAAUAUUCAAACAGGACUACUAGACUUCCUGACAAUCAGUACAUCAACAUUUCCAUCUGCUGCAUACAUACAUUUAUGUUAUCUAAUGCUCAUGUAGUACACUGUAUAUUUAAGAUAUUGUACAUUGAAAUAUUAUUACAUAUAUUUUAGGUGCAUGUAAACUCUCAAUUAAAUAUUUUCCCACACAAAUGGUCAGUGUUCUGGAAAUUCUAGAUUGUGAGUAUGUUGCACUCUUUCCUCAGUGUGAGGAAAGUAUUUUGUAGUUGACUUGUGUGCAUGUGCAGCAGUCUAGUGCCCUUGUAACUAUUGAUGCUAAUUUUGUUGGAGCUAGUUGUUGCUUUAGAGGUCAUUGUGCCCUGCCUGGAAAAUGAUCUAGACUUACUUGGCCUAUUUUGUCCACCUGCUCUCUCAGGAGGGUUUUCUCAUUUGGGCAAAAGUCCAUCUUUUCGCUGUGAACUGAAAACAUAAGUGGUUGAGUGUGUCAAUUUGUUGGUAGGCAAACAGUGUCUUCCUCGAUAGCCACAUUUCAUUGAGAAUACUUGUAUCCUACCGUGGAAGAGUUUUGACACUUCCUCUUUGAAUCAGCUUUUGUUUUGUCAGAGGAGUUAUAUUUUUAUUUAAACUUUACUUAACCAGAUAGGCUAGUUGAGAAGUUCUAAUUUAAAACUGCGACCUGACCAAGAUAAAGCAAAGCAGUGUGACACAAACAACACAGUUACACAUGGAAUAAACAAAACAUACAGUCAAUAACACAAUAGGGACAAAGGUCUAUAUACAGUGUGUGCAAAUGAGGUAAGAUAAGGGAGGUAAGGAAAUAAAUAGGCAAUUUAGCAAUUAAACACUGGAGUGAAUGUGCAGAAGCUGAAUGUGCAAGUAGAGCUACUGGGGUGCAAAGGAGCAAAAAAAUAACCGUAUGGGGAUGAGGUAGUUAGAUGGGCUAUGUCCAGUGAUCUGACAGCUGGUGCUUAAAGCUAGUGAGGGAGAUAUGAGUCCAGCUUCAGUGAUUUUUGCAAUUCGUUCUGGAAGGAAAGGUGGCCAAAAUAAGUGUCGGGUUUGGGGGUGACCAGUGAAAUAUACCUGCUAGAGCGUGCGCUACGGGUGGGUGCUGCUAUGGUGACCAGUGAGCUAAGGCAGGGCUUUACCUAGCAAAUACUUAUAUAUAUGAUCUGGAGCCAGUGGGUUUGAUGACGAAUAUGAAGCGAGGGCCAGCCAACGAGAGUAUACAGGUCGCAGUGAUGGGUAGUAUAUAGGUCUUUGGUGACAAAACGGAUGGCACUGUGAUAGACUUCAUUCAAUUUGCUGAGUAGAUUGUUGGAGGCUAUUUUGUAAAUGACAUCGCCAAAGUCAAGGAUCGGUAGGAUAGUCAGUUUUACGAGGGGAUGUUUGGCAGCAUGAGUGAAGGAUGCUUUGUUUUGCAAAAUAGGAAGCCAUUUCUAGAUUUAAUUUAGGAUUGGAGAUGCUUAAUGUGAGUCUGGAAGGAUAGUUUACAGCCUAACCAGACACCUAGGUAUUUGUAAAUGUCCACAUAUUCUAAGUCAGAACCGUCCAGAGUAGUGAUGCUAGACGGGCGGGCAGGUGCUGGUAGCGAUCGGUUGAAGAGCAUGCAUUUAGUUUUACUUGCAUUUUAGAGCAGUUGGAGGCAACGGAAGGAGAGUUGUAUAGCAUUUGAAGCUUUGAACUCUGUCUGUGAAGUAGUUGGUGAACCAGGCGAGGCAGUCAUUUAAGAAACCAAGGAUGUUGAGUCUCCCGAAAAUAAUGUGGUGAUUGACAGAGUCGAAAGCCUUGGCCAGGUCGAUGAAUACAGCUGCACAGUAUUGUCUCUUUUCGAUGGAGGUUAUGAUAUCGUUUAGGACCUUGAGCGUGGCUGAGGUGCACCCAUGACCUGCUCGGAAACCAGAUUGCUUAGCGGAGAAGGAACGGUGGGAUUCGAAAUGGUCGGUGAUCUGUUUGAUAACUUGGCUUUCAAAGACCUUAGAAAGGCAGGGUAGGAUAGAUAUGUCUGUAGCAGUUUGGGUCUAGAGUGUCCCCCCCUUUGAAGAGGGUGAUGACCGUGGUAGCUUUCCAAUCUUUGGGGAUCGCAGACUAUACAAAAGAGAGGUUGAACAGGCUAGUAAUAGGGGUUGCAACAAUUUCAGCUGAUCAUUUUAGUAAGAGUGUCCAGAUUGUCUAGUCCUGCUGAUUUAUAGGGGUCCAGAUUUUGCAGCUCUUUCAGAACAUCAGCUAUCUGGAUUUGGGUGACGGAGAAAUGGGGAGGCUUGGGCAAGUUGCUGUAGGGGGUGCAGGGCUGUUGACCAGGGUAGGGGUGGCCAGGUGGAAAGCAUGGCCAGCUGUAGGAAAAUGCUUAUUGAAAUUAUCAAUUAUCGUGGAUUUAUUGGUGGUGACAGUGGUUUCCUAGCCUCAGUGCAGUAGGCAGAUGCAAGGAGGUGCUCUUAUUCUCCAUGGACUUUAGUGUCCCAGAACAUUUGGGAGUUUGUGCUGCGGGAUGCACAUUUCUGUUUGAAAAAGCUAGCCGUUGCUUACUGCCUGUGUGUAUUGGUUCCUAACUUCCCUGAAAAGUUGCAUAUCGCGGGGGCUGUUUGAUUCUAAUGCAGAAUGCCACAGGAUGUUUUUGUGCUGGUCAAGGGCAAUCAGGUCUGGCGUGAACCACGGGCUAUAUCUGUUCCUGGUUCAAAUUUUUACUGAAGGAAUGUGGCGUUGGUCAGCUUUAAGUCCCUUGGCUUGCACAUCACUGACAAUCUGAAAUGGUCCAUUCACACAGACAGUGGUGAAGAAACAACUCCCCUUCAACCUCAGGAUGAAGAAUUUCAAAUGGGCCCUUCACAAAUUACAGAUGCACCAUAGAGAGCUUCCUAUCAGGCUGUAUCACCGCUUGGUACGGCAAUUUCACCGUCCGCAACCACAGGGCACUCGAGAGGGUGGUGCGGUCAGCUUAACGCAUCACCGGGGUACACUGCCUACCCUCCAGGACCCGGGGUCACAGUAAGGCCAAGGAUCUGUCACCCGAGCCACAGCCUGUUCACCCUGCUACCAUCUAGAACAUGGAGACGGUACAGAGGCAUCCAAGCUGGUGUACAUGACCAAUAAAAUGUGAUUAUAGAGCGUUUAAGCUAUAACAAUUGUUGUGAAAUUAAGAUUGAAUUGUUACUGUAAAUUGUGGAAAUAAUGCAUAAUGUAGAAGAUUAAGAUGUCCUGAAGUAUUUGUAACACCUUGGCAUUGAAGUGAUGUAUUUUGACUAAAUGGAGCCUAGUCUCUAGCAGUGUACUAUGGGAGCAUGACCAAGCUGGUUUUCAUGGCCUCCAAGUGGCAGUAUACAGUAACUGCAAUGAUCAAUAAUAAUGGAAUCUCCCCAAAUGACUUCUGUAAAGCACUUACUCCUUGGUGGAAUAAACAAUCACCUUCUCA